CCAGGUGGGGGCGGGGCUUAAUGACGCUGCCGACAGCGCUGGGGCGGUGGGCGGGGCCUGAAGACGCGUCGAGCGGGAGGCGGGAAAUGGCGGUGAAUUUGACUCCGCGCUUUCGGCGGUUGGACAGUUGUGGGUCCCUGAGGCGGCGAGGGCACUUGGAACCUUUCCAUGCAACACAGCUUUGGAAUAAUAUUAUCCAUGCCCUGCAGACCCAGGUGGAGGUGAGGCAGUACCGACGUUUCUGGAGAACUCACAAUGCCUGCUUCACUGGUGCUGAUGCCGUUGACGUGGUGCUCAGCCACCUCAUGCAGAACGUAUACUUUAUCAACAGUGACAUUUCGCGUUUGAAAGCAGCUCGUCUCUGCCACGCUCUGAUGGAUCACAGAGUGUUUGAGCCUGUUAAUACGAGACUCUUCCGUAAAGAACAGCAGAUUGUGUUUGAGGAUCGCAGUAGUAGUCUCUACAGGUUUGUGGAUGACAGUGCGCUCCCUGGACGGGAACAGAGAACAGAUGAUUUGUUUCAUCAUGAGAGACUGGUGCCAAGGAAGAAAUGUCCCAAACCAGAUAAAAUAACCUUUUCAAAUCCUAUUGCCUUGGAAGCAUGUGACAAAAGAAUUGAAGAAGUUUUGCAAGCAAUCAGCCUUCGUCCAUCACUGCCCACAAACCUAAAAAUAAAAGCACCAACCAGCCUGCUGCCGAAGAAAGUUGUUGAGGAUGUUUGGAAGCAGGCGACUUUAUUGCAGCUGCUCCAUUUAAUCCACCUUCCCAUCCUGGACAGCAUUCUGGAACCUCCCUUGAAGAUGGAAAGAAGAGGAGCAGUUCAUUUCAAUCGGCAGACUGACCUUGUUAUCUCCAACACGUUCCUGGAUCGAGAGGUUUCUAAGAGCCUAAAUCUACCUUACACUGAUGAGUGGCUCUUGGCUGCUGUUGAUUGCCUGGAUUGUUUCCCAGACCAGCUGAUUGUGCACGCGAGUGAACUGUUAUCUCAGACCACGAAUGACAGUGACACUGCAGAGACCUACAAAAGAGUUCUGUUUGAAACUAUGGUGAAGCACUACAGCCAGAACAGGGAGCCGCUCCUCUGCAGCCGGUACCUCGACAUACAUUCUGGGAUAAUCAGACUUUUGGAAAAUGGAAAGACUGGACAAGCGCUGGAAGCUGCUCAGCUUUGCAUUCAGUUAUUGGAGCCGACCUGGAGAGAGGAGUUGCACAGAUUGCUGUCCUUUAUGGCUGUUGCAGCUCGCCCUGGUGCCUACAGACUACAGAAACAGAAUACCAACAGGACUGUGGUGAAGAGGACAUUUACCAAAGCUAUUGUACAAAACAAGUCUCUGUCAAAGACCCAGACUGAGGAGCUCUCCAUGUUCCUCAUGGAUAACCACACGGAGGUCUUCAAGAUUCCCAGUUCUCUGCUUCAGAUGGUCAGGAAGAAGCUCCUUGCUCUUCAGGAAGGAAGGAAUCCCAAUGCUAUUGCAGGCUUUACAUUCUGCAAGCAGGUAACGCAGAAGGAGUUUGAGGAGCAGAAGCAUCAGACCACUUUAGAGCAACUUCAACAGUUAAUUUAUGACAUCAGUCAAAACCACAACAUGUGUGAGAAAGAAAGAAGCCGGCUGCUUCAGGAGUUUCGGAAGCACCAUCCCUCUGUGUUUUUUCACCACUUUUCAAGCUGCCAUUUAGAAGUAGAAGAUGAGUAGGAUGGUUUCUCAAACUUAAACUACUUGCAGCAAUUUGAAUGAUUGCUUGAAUUUGAUUGCAUUGAUCAUAGAAUUGUAACAGCAAUAGCACAGGACUGACCACUUGGCAUUCAUGACUCUGAUGUGUUUGUUUCUCUGCUAACAUCUAAGUUUUCACCAUUUCAUUUUCUUUUUGUUUAAUUUGCACAAAAUGAGAAUAAUGCUACUGAUUAUAUAUUUGGACCCUAAGAUUUUACAGCUGUAGAAAUUGUGCUCUUCACUUUGAGGGUUGAAAUAUUGUGCCAGUGAUCUGAAUUUCUUACUGGAGAGCCUUGUCCACUGGCUCCAUUGAUUGUGGGCAAUAAUUCAACUUUCUUAAAGGUGCACAGCUCACAGGUGAGGCUCCCCCAGAAGUGUGAAAUCAUCAUUCCCUCAUUCCUCCUGUUGGAACAGUUCUUGUGGGACCACAGAAAUGUGAAAGACACUUCAGCGCAAUGGGAAAAAUGAUCUGAUAAUCAUCAGUGGAUUCUGGAUAAAGUGGAGUCUGUGAGUGAUGUUGUUCCCUUGCACUGGGCUUUAGAUGUAUUAUUUUUCACUUUAACUGUGGAAAAAGUUUAAAUUGGGAAAGUCUUAACCGGAAGGUAGACUACAGAAGUUGGCUCAAUGUGCUGUACUUUCACUUUGAAGGGCAUUUGGAUUGUUAAAUGCACUAAGAAUAUAUACCAAUGAAACACUGAGAGAAAAUUGUAUAGGAGAUUAAUUGUGGAAAAAGCUAUUUGCUUUUUAUAAUUAAUGUACAAAUAGGAAAAACAGGAAUAAAGUUAGUUUUCUGUCAUGUAAUAAAUGAAUCCAAUUAAGUAUUUUCUUUCGGUUGUUCUAGCUGUGUGCCUUUUGG